CACUCUAUAUAACAGCCCCGUAAUAGUGGCCUGCUCCAGUCUUCUCCUCUGUACCAUGAGGACGUUACGAGUCCUGACACUUCUUUCGGCAGCAGUCCUGCUUUGCAGCGCUGCCCCAGGUUUGGCGCCACUAACAUGCAGUGAAGGUAACGGUCCGGCGGCAGCAGAUAAGGCAGUGCAUCACAUCAAUGAGUAUCACGACCAUGGCUACAAAUUCAGACUGCAUGAAGUUCAAGGAAACAGUGUGGAACAGGUUGAUGGUGGAUGUAAUGUAAAGUUGCAGCUGGAUCUUCGGGAGACAAAAUGCCACACUACCAACCCGAAACCCUUUGAGGACUGUGAAAUCCGUGAAGAGACAGCGCGGGCAGUGAAGGCCAACUGCACUGUGUUGAUGACUAUAAAAGAUGGUGAUGCCACCAUAACCAAAUAUGAAUGUGACACACGACAAGUAAAUACUAACUCGGAGAUGGUACGCAUCUGCCCUGACUGUCCCGUGCUGCUGCCUCUCAACGACUCUGAAGGUCUCAAGUCUGUUCAUGAAGCAACAACAGAAUUCAACAAGAACACCAGUAACCAGCACUACUACAUCUUGAAGGAAGUGGGACGGAUAUCAUCUGGGUAUAUAAUGACAUCUGGAAUGAACUACUAUGCUGAGUUUGCCCUUGUGGAGACUCAUUGCCCAAUGGGCUCUAGAAUCGUAAUUGAGGCAUGCACUCCGCUCUGUCCUGACAGAGCUCGUCAUGCUUUCUGCAAGUCAUCUUACUCCAGUGAAAAUGGACUCCUGUCCAAUGACUGUGAUUUCUAUCCUGCAGAGAACACUACUGCCCUUGGGCCUGGUGAGAAGGAGCCUGACUGUAGACAUCAUGGAAGACGCCUUCCACAUAGUCAUGGUGGCCCCCCUCCACAUGCUCACGACCAUGGUCAUGGCCCCCCUCCACAUGAUCAUGAACAUGGUCAUGGCCCUCCUCCUCCUGGUGGCAAGGGAGGCCAUCAUGGUAAAGGGUCAUUUCAUCCCCUACGGCGCUUUCAUCCAUGUCACGGAUUCCUAGUCAAUCCUGACCCAGCUCUCCACCCUAUUUGCCCCUGGCCUCUUCCUCACCGCACACACAACUAAUCCAGAAUUAGCCGAGCAUUGCCAAAUAAAGAACAUGGUUGUUUUGCGUACAAUGUGCCAAAAUAUAGUGCAUACAAAAUAAACCAUCUAGGUGUUGAUUACUUGAAACUGGA